AGUUAUUACCACGUGAACUUGUGCACGUGCUAGCUUCAGAAAAGGAUUUGGCGCCGUCAGAAACAGAGACAGCUGGUGAAAAUCUCCAAAGAGAGCUGCAGCUUGUCUUCGACCUUCAGGAUGCCCUCGCAACAUCAACAUCCGAUUGUGCCCCUCGACUGCGUGAUUUCGUAGCGAAUCGGAAACCCACGUUAUCGUGGAACGAUUUUUUUUUCUUUCAUCAUCGAUUCCAACGAUUCUCAUCGCACCGAGUCAACAUGUUCGAGUGGAUCGAUUUCUCGGACGAGUCGUUCGUGCUUCUUUUCGUCGGCUUCAUCGUAGCCUUUUUCUUGGCGUUUGGGGUGGGGGCGAACGAUGUCGCGAACUCGUUCGGGACCUCGGUCGGGGCGAAGGUUCUCAGUUUGCGGCAAGCUUGCGUAUUAGCGACGAUCUGUGAAAUCUCCGGCGCCAUUCUCAUCGGGUACAGAGUUUCGGACACUGUGCGUAAAGGAAUAUUCGACCUGGGCAUCUAUCAUAACGAAAUGGAGCUGCUCAUGAAGGGGAAUCUGGCCGCUCUGGUAGGCUCAGCCUGCUGGAACAUCAUCGCGACCUUUUUCUCGCUGCCGAUAUCGGGCACGCAUUCGAUUAUCGGAGCCGUCCUCGGGUUCACGCUCGUCGCUAAGGGUCUCGAGGGAAUUCGUUGGAUGGGGCUCGGACAGAUCGUCAUGUCUUGGUUCAUCUCGCCCGUGCUCUCAGGAAUGGGCUCGGCGCUCAUAUUCUACGCAAUCAAACGACUCAUCUUGAACGAACGCAACCCCCUAGAAUCGGGACUAAGGUCCCUACCGGUGUUCUACGCCUUCACAGUUUUCGUCAACGUGAUCUCGAUACUGUUGGACGGACCCGAGGUGCUCUACUUCCAUCUCAUCUCUCCCGGAGCGGCUCUCGGCCUGUCCGCGACGAUGGCAGGCGCCGUAGCCCUCCUCGUCUGGUAUGUCGUGGUGCCUCGUUUGCGCGCCAAGAUCAUUGCCAAGGUCCUCUCACCGAUGAUCGGCGAGAAGAACGGGUCCGUGACAAAGGAAUCGAUCUCGUUUGACACCGAGCCCCCCGAGGCCGCGGAACUGUUCUCGUUCCUCCAGGUGCUGACGGCUAUUUUCGGUUCCUUCGCCCACGGUGGCAACGACGUGUCCAACGCGAUUGGACCGCUCGUUGCGUUGUUUCUGAUCUACAAAGAAAAAACUGUUGAACAAACGUCCGAAACCCCGAUUCGAAUACUUCUAUACGGUGGAGUCGGCAUCUCGAUAGGACUUUGGGUUUGGGGGAGAAGGGUCAUCCAGACCAUCGGCGAAGACCUGACGAAGGUCACUCCGUCGAACGGGUUCUCCAUCGAAAUCGGCGCGGCGUCCACGGUCCUCUUAGCGUCUAAAAUCGGGCUUCCGGUGUCUACAACCCACUGCAAGGUGGGAUCGAUCGUUUUCGUAGGUUGGGUGAAGUCGACGAAUGCCGUCGACUGGAAGUUGUUUCGAGGGAUCGUUGCCGCGUGGGUUCUCACUUUGCCCAUCGCUGGCGGUCUCAGUGCUGCGACCAUGGCUCUACUGAUGCAUUUCACUUAGCCAAUGGAAACUUCUGUAUACACAAGGAAUGGCGACUGAAGCGGCAUGGGAGGGUGAACGCCCGGAAUUUCGAGAUCAAAUAUCCCCGCAGCUCGAGAAUAGGGUUUAAGCUUGUAAAAAACUUCACUUAGGUAGAGCUGAUAGCCAGCGACCAAAAAUAUAUAGUGGCUUGCGAGAUCGUGUCGAGCCAAUCAGUGGAUCAAGCCACGUACACGAACCAAGGAAAAGAGCACAAAAAUCAUACUUUUCGAAAGAUAAAGAUUGUGCGAGAGAAAUCGAGCGAGAGAGAGUUGCUGCAAUUCGAAAUAGGUUACAUGACACCUCCACCAACAGCCACGGGCACGAAAUCGAGAGGA